AUGCCUUUUUCAAUUACAAAUGAGAAGCGAAUGACUCGCCGAACUAUCUCAACAACACUACCAGCUAUAGAGAUAUUACAAAGAAAUAUUAGGCCUGCACCUACGUACCACAUGAAAAAACCUCGGGAGGUGCCUUUUCAUGUACCCCACAAGAAGCUACUGGAAAAAAUAGAAUAUGUCAAAAAAGAACCUGAACCUUUGACGGGAUUUGCAGCUGCUCAAGAGAAUCGUUUUAAAAAAGAGCGAAAGCCAGGUAUUUUAGAGCCUCUAACAUUGGCUACAGAAGAAACAGAAGCCAGCAGCGCCGCUGUUGGUAGUGGUACUAAGAAGAAGAGGAAACUCAUUAUUCAGGAAUCGGCUACAAGUUUGGAAGACAAGGAGUACCAAACCACUGAUCCCCUGAAAGUAAAACCGCCGGUGGCAUCUCAAACAGAUGUGAUAAAUCACGUGAGAAACAACCCGUCAUGCGGUUUCCUGUAUAUGAUAUAUGCUGUGGACCCACAGAAUGUUUAUUUUACGCCUUAUUACCUUCAGUAA